AUGGCGCUGAGGAAGUUGUCCAUCCCGUUAGUAUUUACGUUCCUGUUACUGAUAGCUACAGAAGAGGACAAGGCAGAGAUAAAAGAAGUUUCAUUUCAGGUGAGCGAGUUUGACACAGAAAAUGAUGAUCCAUUGAUGUUUCCCAAACUGGUCGGUGAAGCGGUAGUGAGAGGGUGGGCACUGGAAAAAGUACAUGAAUCACCCCCGUUACCAGAAAAAGCCGUUUUAUACGAAAAUUCUUCGAAUGAAGGUUUGAAAACUCCAACAUAUGAGCCAGAUGUUGCUAUGUUAAAGGAAAAUGGUUACUUGGGAAGCGAAAAUAAGCUUGACAAACCCGUUAUUUCAUUGAGUAUGGAAAAUUACACAGACGAAAUCACCAAAGACAAGACAGUUUCAAUUGCCAAAAAAAUAUUGACGUCUUGGGGCACAGAGGGAUAUGUCGUGGAUUCAAAGUUUACAUCUCCACCCUCACUUCCGCUCUAUUUCUAUGUUGGGUAUCAAGUGUUGCAGGAACAUAAACUUCUAAUGGAAUGUGGCCAUAUAUUAUUGUUGGAAGCUCUCAAAUUUAAUCGAACCGAUUACGUCAAGGUUCUCAUGGAUAAUGGCGUAUCCAUCAAAAAAGAAGACAUAGUAACACUCUACAAUUCUACUAUACGUUGUACGAGUUCAAACCACGGGUCAGAAGUGGAAGAUUGUAAUUGUUUAGGAAUGAUGUGGUUAAUGAAGUCCAUAAACAAACAAGAGGCCAAGAACUGUUUUAAUGUAGAGACGGCUGUAAAUGCUCCACAAACCAUUUGCAGAGAAUUGCUCGACUACCAGAAAAAGAAAACGAAGGGAGUAACUCCUGAUACAGAGAGUAAAGAAGUCCGACAAGAAGAUAAUAGAGCCCGUUUUGAAGAUAUACUUCUAUGGGCAUUGUACGCCAAUAGGCCGGAGAUUGCAGAAACAGUGUGGCUAAGAGGAGAAAACCAGCUUAUGACUGGUCUGGUGUGCUAUGAAACAUUACGGAAGUUAUCAGAGAGUGCGGCUGACGUAAAGGAACAAAAUUUUUCAAAGGCCUUGUUGGAUCAUGCGCAACUGUUUUACAAGAGAACGUUGGACCUUCUCGAUUCUAUGUUUGAAACUGACUCCAGAAACACUUUAGAUGUUCUUGAUGACUUUGUGGACAUCUGGGGAAUCAAAAGCAACCCACUGACAUUUGCUUAUGAAAAUUUCAUGUACGAGUUUGUUGCAAAACCAGCUAGUCAGAAACACCUCAACAAAACCUGGUAUAACAACCAAGCACCACAUCUUAUCCCUUGUAUUAAGUCAGUAUCUCAGCAUCCCUGCAACGUUCUUCGAUCUCCCCUGUCAAAGUAUGUCUUCAACUAUGUUCUGUUUUUGUCUAUGCUGGUCUGUUAUAGUGCGUUUGUAUCCACCAGUAUUGCUACCAAAUAUUACGUCAGGGACAUGGCAAGGGUGUUUGAAUAUUACGUGUACUUUUGGGGAGCUGGUGAUCUCCUAGAAGAGCUGUUUAGCUGCUUUGGAAUUUUUCAUGACACUGACACUGAAGGGAAGUCAUACCGCAGUAAAUGGACUAUAGUUAAACGAUACCUGAAUAACUUUUGGAAUUUAGUUGACAUUCUGUCUUACCUAUUGUUGAUCAGCGCGCUGUUUGUACGACAUAUGCACCCGUCCGAAAAGUUCACCGUAUCACGCAGAAUGUUUUCCUUGUCACUACUUAUUAUGUAUCUCCGGUUUCUGGAGGCAUUUCUGAUGAUCAGAACACUGGGACCUACGCUAAUAAUGAUAAAGGAAAUGCUCAAGGACCUGCUUGCUUUCAUCAUCCUGCUUGCCGUGGUGAUCCUUGGUGUGGGUUUCUACUAUCAUGCAAAUCUUUGGCCGGAUCAUGUUUAUUUCUGGGGAGGAGGGUGGACAGACUGGAGAAUCUGGAAAGUCAUUUACUAUCCUUAUUGGCAGCUCUACGGAGAAACAUUCAACGACUUCCUAGAAGGAAAUUCAGGACCAUGUGCCGAGGAAUGUACAACUAAUGAGACUAUCUGGUCUGACGCCUCUGAGGACAGAUGUCCACAGGAAGAUUGGACAGUAGGGGCCGUGUCCGCACUCUACAUGCUGUUCUCAAAUCUGCUGCUAGUCAACUUGGUCAUUGCUAUGUUCAGCUCGACCUACGAAAGAGUGACAGCUAAUGCUGAAAACCUUUGGCGAUUUGAACGUUACACCGUGAUUAUGAAUUACAAAUAUCGAGUUCCCUCUCCCGUUAAUCUGGUGUGGACAUUCUACAGAAUAUACCGGGUUAUCACCUGUUGUUCAUGCGGCAAGAACUUAAGUUCUUGCUGUUGUUGCUCUCCGGACGAGGAAGUCAAAGAGGACAAUUUGGAAAAUCGAAAAAAAUUCCAGAGCAUAAUGGCACAAAGAGUGUGUGAUAGAUUUGUUUUGACAAAAUAAAUGUACCACAAAAGUUUAUAGAUGGAAUAUGGGGUAUUGUGUUAUGAAAAAUUUGCUGCAA